AUGGUACUGGUGUUCAUGACCGUGCUUGGUUUCAGUCUUCACAACCGCGUUGAAACCGUUGUGCUUGUCAGCGGAAUACUCAACGGUACGGAUGGAGCCGUCGGAGUCGUGCAGGCUGUACACGCCCUUCACGUUCUCACCGUCACGAGACUCGUGCUGGUACUUGUUGUCACCGGUGUGAGGGUCCUCGAUUUUGUAUUCAUACUCGUAUUUGGGGUGAGCGUAGUAGUCAACGUGGUGUUCACCAUGGUGGUGUUCCUUCUCGUGAUGAGCAGACUCAACGUGGUGUACAGCGGGAGCUUCAUGGUGUACAGCGAUGGGAGCUUCGUGGUGGACAGCGAUGGGAGCAGCAUGGUGGACAGCCACGGGAGCCUCAUGAUGGACAGCAAUGGGAGCUUGAUGGUGCACGGCAAUGGGGACGUAAUGGAUUGGCUGCUGGUGCACAAUAUGUUCCCCACCAUGGUAGCCUUGGCUUAUUUCAUGAUGUCCUUGGGAAGCACCGUGGUAGCCCUGGCUAAUUUCCUGGUGUCCAUGAGAAUCGCCAUGGUAACCCUGGCUUAUUUCUUGGUGUCCAUGAGAAUCUUCGUGUCCGUGGGAGAUGUCGUGGCGGAUGAUGGACUGGGAGGAGUAGGCGUGGCCCUGUUCAUGACCAUGCUGGUGAUGGUCCUGGGCACAUACCGCUGCGACGGCGAUGACGAAGAUGAUUUUAGAGAACAUAUUGUGCGUAUAUGUUGUGAUACACUUAAAAAUUAA